UGGCCCCGUACGAAGCUCUAUACGGUCAAAAGUGUAGAAGUCCCUUAUGUUGGGGUGACAUUGUCGAUCAGGUGGUUCUAGGACCACAAUACUUGCAAGAUACCAUAGAGAAAGUCAAAGUCAUCCAAGAGAGGAUGAAGGCUGCCCAAGACCGACAGAAAUCAUAUGCCGAUCUUGGGAGGAAGCCAGCUGAAUUCGAGAUAGGGGAGAAAGUUCUACUCAAAGUCUCUCCUACAAGGGGAGUAAUGAGGUUCGGGAAGAAAGGGAAACUAAGCCCAAGGCUCAUCGGACCCUACGACAUCCUAGAGAAGGUGGGAAAAGUGGCAUAUCGAUUAGCUCUACCCACAGAGUUGGAUAAGGUACAUAACGUCUUUCACGUAUCACAAUUAAAGAAGUACGUUCGAGAUGAGUCACAUAUCAUCAAUCCUGAGGUGAUUGAAAUGGAUGAGGCGUUAUCCUACGAAGAAAAACCCGUA